CAAGCACACGCGCGCACGUGCACGCACACCGGGUGCUGCUCUUUUAAAUCCACCUGUUCACAGCUCUUCCCUGCGCGCUCCGCUCGCUUCUGCUGAUAGGUCUGUCAGGGUGAGAGCAGCGUUUAUUGCCGCCUGUGUGCUGUGCACUGUGGCAGGGCUCUUCUCUAACAGCAGCUCAGCGCAGAGGCCGCAGCAGCAGGGCUCCUCCUGCCGCCGCUGAAUGGAUUACCUACUUAUUCACCUUCCCCGAGUGGCUCUGCGUGGACACCUCCUCGUCUCGGCGCCUUUCUGUGAUUUCUAUGCUCACCGGGACUGCGACCACUGAUCAUGCACUGAUUUGCGAGCAGCUCUGACUUCGGAGUCGCCUCGCUGCUGCUGGUGCUGCUGGGUGGACGCACAGCUGAUCAGCCGGAGAGGGGCUUUCUGCAACAAAUUGUUGCAAACAUUGUGAGGGGCGAAGUCAUGGUGCCAGCACCGCCUCGGCUUUCUAUGGCACUGUGAGAACUUUCUUUUCAUACACCCCUUGCCCCUCUUUCUUCUUCCCCCUUGCCUCUCUUUUGUUUUAGAUGUUUGGCUGCAGGAUCGUGCUUCCUCGGGAAAUUAUCCACGUUUCCCUUUUCAAUUAUGUUCACGUUUGCUGCCUUCUGCUACAUGCUGUCUCUGGUCCUCUGUGUGUCCCUGAUUUUCUUCGCAAUAUGGCAUAUAACAGCUUUUGAUGAGCUUCAGGCAGAUUUCAAGGUGCCAAUCGAUCAGGGCAACCCACUCCAUGCGAGGGAGAGACUGCGAAACAUCGAGAGGAUCUGCAACCUGCUGAGGAAGCUGGUGCUGCCAGAGUACUCCAUCCAUGUGUUGUUCUGCAUCAUGUUCCUGUGUGCUCAGGAGUGGCUGACUGUGGGCCUCAACAUUCCCCUGCUCUUCUACAACACGUGGAGGUACUUCCAUUCCCCAACGGACACUAAGGAGCUGCUGUACGACCCAGCGUCCGUGAUGAAUGGCGACACACUCAAGUUCUGCCUGAAGGAGGCCUGGUGCAAGCUGUCCUUCUUCGUCCUUUCCUUCUUCUACUAUCUCUACUGUGUGUGGAACCUGGAAAUAUCCCUCUAAUAGGUCUUAUCAGUGGAAACACUUAAAGUAUGAUCUACUCCUUGGUUACCUCAUAACAACUGAUUAUCAACAACUGGGGAGAAACAGGAACACCUUUCGAGGCAUUUGAUACGACAGGACUAAAGAACACUAAAAGACAAUACAUUUCAAAGUAGAAUAACAAAAACCUUUUUUUCCCUUGUUGCUGUGAAGCCAAACAUCGAACAUACACGUGGUUGAAGCUUGUUUUCUGCUUCAUACCCAAAAGAAGAAAGGACAUGCUUUAUCCUCAACUGUAUAUAAAAAUUGAAAACUAAAUCUACUGUUUACAGUUUGACUCCUCAUAGCGAGACCCAAGUUAAUCACUGCCUGGCCAAUGUUUGUACCACACACACAAAUACAAACAUACACAAACACAAACAGCCACAGCCUCCUCUGGAGUGCUACUGUACUUGCUGUACGGUAACGGCGAUGGUAGCCCAGAGGACGAAGAGCACAGUAUUGCACAGUUUGUCUCAGGCACAGCAUGGUGAAGCACUGUCAGGCCCAGCACAACUCACCGAACCCUCAGUCACUCCUCUUCGAUGCCUCACCAACUGUAGCUUCACCGGUGAGCUCAGGACGAGGGAUAGAUGAACGGAUCACACUGUACAGAAAAGAGAGAUGAGUUCUUGCAGGUGGGGUUUUGGGGGAGUUGAGCAGGAGCACACGCGGUCUGUACGUAGCCUGUGGGAUUUUCUUUCAAACAUACGUGAAUGGCUUUUGUGAUGUGUGCAUUUUGGUGUAUUCUUUAAACAAAGGCAUUUCAAAUUGAUCUUCAGCAAACGUAUUCUCUUUACAGCAAUGCCUCUUAGUGUCGUCCUAGUGUUGUUCUAUUGUGUAAACUUUUCGAAAACUCAAGCUAACAACUGAAACCUGGCGAAGCUUUGAUAGGAGCACACAUUCUUUACACAAUUAGUGUCUUCAAUCUUGCACAAUGUGCUCAAUAUUUGGCUAUAUUAGAGAACAUUUAUUAUGGUCUAUCCACACAGGUGACGGUCUUCCAACAUGUAAAGAACCUUUCAGCCCUAUUUGAAGAUAGGGAAACAAUGUGAAUCUUUUCUAGCUCUCUUUACACCUUGGACCAAAAUAUUGUAUUUUUUUCAUUUGGAUUUAUUUAUUUUGUGACUGCUCAUUUCCAUGCUUUAUUUUAAACAUCAAUUUCCAAUGUAACUAAUGCCAGGAGCAAACAAAGCAGAAGAUGGGAAAGGUGCCUGGUAUUAAUUGGGUUUUUCUCCCUGGUUCGAAUGAAAGCAACUGUAGCAAAUGAUGUUGGCAAGAGGUUGUGAAGAGGCUGUCAUGAAUCACCAGAAUUAAUUCAGCAGGGCAGGUGGUUGAACCUGCAUCAUCCAUGUGUAGCACAGUUUUCUAACUAUUAAGAAACUCGUUAAACCUUCCCCACCAUCUUUGCUUGAUGAGCUUCACUUUGUAAAGUGGCAGCAGCAAAGAGCAGAUAGGAAUGCCCCGUUCUUGUUGUUUUCUCUUCUUCUAAGUCAAGCGUUUUCUAACGUAACCUGUAUGUAUGUGACCAACCAAGUUGAAUUUAGAUAUUGUUUAUG